AUGCCGACGACGAAGAAGGUGACCUGCGGGAUGCGACACCGGCGGGGCGUGUUGGCUCGUUCUGCCUACGCCAUUGGCCACGAACUGCAGGCGCUCUACGGUGAAUUCCCAUGGCAGGCGGCCAUCUAUAAGGUUCGAAAUAUCGGCGGUGGUCUGCAGAGUACCUUCGUCUGCUCUGGCGUCCUCGUCGACAAAGCCUUCGUCAUAACGCCCGCGCACUGUGUUGUGGGUCCUACCACGGACUUCACGGUGAGUGCAGGUGGUUUUUGGGGAGUACACUCUCGGGGCGGAGGCAGCAUUUUGGAGAGGCAGGUGACGGGCGUGAGCGAUAUCCUCGUCUAUCCAGGCUACGAGUCGACAAACCCGCUGGUCCACGACGUCGCCCUGGUGCAGCUGGACCGAGCCAUCGCCUUCGACAACUUCCCUCAGAUCGGCUUGGCUUGCCUGCCUUAUCCGGACAUCCUGUACCGGAAUACGGGCGCUUGGGACUGUUUCACUGUCGGAUGGAAUGGCAAAGCAGGGGCUCUCCAGCGCGUAGAAUCGAACCUUUUGUCGAAGCGGGACUGCCGUGUCUACACUCGCGCCUACCACGAGUUCCACGCCUACAUGCGACAGAGUCCCUACGGCUACGGGACUUCAGGCUACGACAAGGCGCACGGCUACCACGCUGCUACGUAUCAGAAACACCACUACUACAGUCAAAGCAUUCCUGACCUCCUUUGUACAGAGUCUUUCGAAACCAAGGCCUGUGUGGACGACCCCGCAGCCGUGCUAGUGUGCCGCCACGCCGCUCUACACGCAGACACCUUCUUCGGCUUCGGCAACCGCGGCUACCGCUACCACGCCCACCGCGGCCACAAGAGGACGAACGCGCGGAUCGUCAACGCCUACGGGAAGCACAGGUUCGACAGCGAGAAGUGGUACGUCAUGGGCCUCUCCCACAGCCUCUCCCCCUGUUCCGGGAAGGGCCAGGGGAGCUACAGGAAGGGAUAUGGAUCCCAGAGGAAGGACAUCAGCGUGUUCACUCCCGUGCACGAGUACCUCCCCUUCAUACACGCGCACCUGGAUGUCAAGCAGACGGCAGCGCCAACGACGUGAGGCGGCGAAACGCGCGGUAGGGACGUCGAGGCUAUGCCGUUUCCCCCACACGGUUUAUUUACGAACGAAAUCUUUUUAUUAACUUUCCCAAUAAUCGCAUAAACUGUAUCUAAACUGAAUUACCAAUAAAUUAUCAUUAUUUUUUA